AUGUCCUUCCUUUUACUCUCAUCAAAUUAAUAAUGGAAAAUAUGAAUACAAUUGAAGAGAGAAAAGAGAAAAGAGUUGAUUGUUUUUCUUUUCAUUUCUUCUAAAAUUCUAAUCAAUGUAAUUUUAUUUUAUUCUCUUCUUUGUUUUUAUCUUCAGCUGAUUUAUUUCUCCCUGUGAAUUUAAUGUGUUACAUGGAUUAGCGAUUAAUAGUUAAUAUUGUUUUCCUGUUUUUCCUUUUCAAUUGUUUCUUUUUCGUUGGCAAUCAUCAUCAUCAUCAUCAUCUCUCUCUCUCUCUCUCUUAGUGACUCAUUUUCUUUUUAUUCCUCAUCAAUUUCAACUGUUUGUGCCAUUUUAUAUUAACCACAAGUGAUUGUUUUCUUUUCUUCUUGGAGCUUUUUCUCUUGUGUCUUGUCCAUCUUAUGGAAAUUAAACUUACCUUACUGAUCUUCUGAUGUCUGACCAGUAACAGUAAUUACCUUGUGCGUUUCUCGGAGGCUUUUUUACCUUUGCCAUUUUACUUUUGUUGUCAAUCAUAAUCAGCUUUCUCUUUCUCUUUAUUUCUCUUCUCUCUUUCUCUCUCUCUUGAUUUUCUCUUUAUCUUGAGUUUCUAUUCUAUCUUCUUUUUAUAUGAUAUAAACUUGUUUUCUUUUCACUGUGGUGAACAUCAUCAUCUUGCUCUUUCUCUAUCUCUUAUCCUCUGUCUUCGCCAUUUUCUUUUUCAUCUUGUUCUUAUUUAUGCUGUGAGAGAUUCAAUCUAUUUUUAAGACAAUUAACCAAAAUGGCUUUCAUCAAUGUAGCUGAAUGGAGUCCACAGAAUGUUGUCAAUUGGCUUCAAGGUUUGGAAGACUCAAUUUUGCCUUAUGUCGCAUUUUUUUUGAACAAUAAUAUUAAUGGUUGUCGAUUGCUGCUUCUCUCUUGUGAUGAUCUUGAGAAUCUAAAUGUAACCAAAGUUGGACAUCAAGAGAUUAUUUUAGAAGCUGUUGAACAUUUGAAACACUUACACUACAAUUUUUGCUCCGAAACUUUGCAAAUGCUUGCACUUCGUUUGGGAUGUAAAUCUCGUAGUUUGUACAAUCUCUUGAAACAAGAGAAACCCGAUGAUUCUGGUUUUAGUAAAUCAAGUGAUCGUGUUACAACUAAAACACUUUCCGGUGUUUGUGACAUUCUCACCUCAGUUAAACUGUUUGUCUCAUGGAUUGACAGGUAUCCCUUUGGAGGCCAUGAAGAGUAUAUUUCAAUGAGAAGACGAAUAUGUAAAUUGAGUAUUGAAUUGGCGUCAACGGCUCAACGUGAUCAGUUUGUGGAAAAACCUAAUGAAGUGAUUAAAGAAAAUUGUUGUACUUUCGCUGAAAUGUGUGACAGAAUUGUCCAGGAAUUAAAUGACCCACUUGCCAUACAACCUGCUUCAUUGGAAGUGAUAACCAUUAAGAAGAGGGCAGAGGAAGAUGUUUUUUGGGGAUUACACUUUUCGUCGACAUUUUCUGGUAUUCAUAUUGUGGAGAAAGUGGAUCAUGGAUCACCGUUUCAUCGCGGACGAAUUGAAGAAGGCAGUGAAAUUGUUCAAAUUAAUUAUCAAACUGUCGUUGGUUGGCAAUUGAAAAAGGUUUUCAACAGUGUUAAAGAUUAUUCAACGGAGAUUACAAUCACAAUUAAGAAGAGACCUCGUCAUAGCAAUAAUCAAAUAACUGUAUUGAAACCGUACAAAAUUGUGAACCGUAAAGUAAAAGGUUCAUCAAAUCGUCUGAGAAAUGCAUCAACAGCAACCACCACUUCCCUUAAUGGUAAUUCUGACAACGAUAGUGAUCAAGAUAGUCUAAAGGAGAGAAAAAGUCUUCCCAAAAGUCCAAUUAGUCAGGUGAUGCCCAGAAGGCCACGAGGUGUUGCCCGUCGUCGAGCAAGUAUAAGUGGAUCAUCGCCGACAACUAUAAUUGCACCAGUGCGAAUAGAGGAUCUUUAUGAUCGUCGUGAUAUGAUUCUGUCACGAACAGUUUCUCAUGAUGAGGGUAAACAUCAAUUUUCCCUGAUGACAAUUAAAUCAAAACUUUCCCCCGGAACUUCUUGUGAAAGUUGCUGUUCAAAUAGCAGUGGAAAAUUUAUUCCUCCCCACAAGUCUUCAUCAACAUCUCAAGUUCCUUAUGCUAAAGUUCACCCGCUACUCAAUCGAGAAUCAAAUUUUCAUGGUACAAUGAAACCUCCAAGUCCACACUAUGUUAAUCCAGCGCCAGCCUUACGUCCAAAGCAGCCACAAGUACCACCACCACCACCCUGUUCAUCUCCUCCUUCAUUAUUAUCUCAUCAAAAUCAACAUUUAUCUUCUCAAAUUCAACAAAAACAAAUCCAUCAGUCAACAAUCAAGUCAACUAAACAAAUAGCACCAUUAAAUACUGAACUAGAAGAUAAUCCUGCAUUUCAUGAAUAUCAACCACCACCAUCACCCAAACCAAUCCCACCACCAACACCACCGAUAAUAAAACAAAGGAUAUUGGAAGCAAGAGCUCAAUUGAAUAAUGUUACAUUGCCUCGUCGAAAAUCAGAUGAAGAUCGAGCAAUCGAACUAGUUAACCGAUUAUCAACAGCAGCAACACUAAAACAAAAUCAACAACAACAACAACAGGAUCCACCAUCACCAUCACCAUCACCACCCACACCACCACCUCCAACUGCACCAAGAAACUCAACUUCUCAAAGCAUCUCCGCAUUAAUUAAACCUCAACCACCGCCACCACCAAGAGUAGUUGGAGUGGCUCGAUCAAUGCAAACCUUUGUUAAGGAACCAACGAAAUCAAGACGAUCACCGACCCUAAGUGAUUCCAGUAGCAGCGAUUACUCAAAAUCAAGUAACAAAAGUGACACUGGUGAAGAAACUAAAGACAACGAUAAACAAAAGACUAAACCAGUCGUUCCCCAGAAAUCAUUAAAAGUACAACAAUUAAUGGUACGAGGAACGUUUGUUGCCUAAAUGCGAACAAAUAAUUUAAAUUUACAAUCAAUCUUUUUGUUCUUGAUAUUUUAUUUUUCUAUUCACAGAAUUAAUUGUUCCCAAAACGUUGAACCUUGAUUAUCGCAAUCAGUCACCAGGAAGUGUCUCUUUACAAUAUUAACGACCAACUAAAAAAUCAAUUUUCAAUUGUAUUUUUCCUUUAAGAUGAACAUCAACUCAUUAGAGUUCUAAUUAUGUUUUUUUAAUGAUAUUAAAUCAACUGUAAAUACUAUUAGUUUCUUUCAAAUAUAAAGCAAAAUAAACAAAUUAGUCAAUUUAAAGAAAAUAAAUAUUUUAUCGGCAUGAUUAGAAUCAAGUAUUUGGAUCGAUUAAUUUCAUUCAUGAUCCUCUUCGUGAACUAAUUAAUUAAUUUAGAAAAUUUUUCGAUGACUUUAAAUUUUAGAGUAAAUGGUUAAUCUUGGUGCGAAUUAAGAAAAAGAUUUGAUGGAACA